UAAGUGAGAGCUCGUUGGUAUUCUCGAAAGGAUUACGUCGCCCGGAGUGAAAACAUCAGUUCUAGGCGGAAGGUGGCUACGCAAUGCGUCGCUACGCUGUCUACGUACCGGAUUUUCAUAACGCGGAAAUCGGUGCGCAGGGAACGUUUGACAGGAGAAAGCAGCUUUAAAUUGAGUUCUAUAAAAGAUAUUAUAUGAUUUGUAAGCACUUGAGAAAAGCAAUCUGUAAGCAAACCGUAGAGUUACAUUGCUGUAGAAUAAGAAGUUUAGGAAAAUGGAAGAUGACGCGCCGGUUAUAUAUGGCCUUGAGUUCCAGUGCCGUGCUUUGACCGCUCAGACUGCUGAAACCGAUGCCAUAAGAUUUCUAGUGGGCACACAGUCGUUCAAAUUUGAUAAUCAGAUCCACAUCAUUGACUUUGAUGAUGAGAACAAUAUCAUUAAUAAGAAUGUGCUUCUGCAUCAUGCUGGUGAGAUAUGGCACAUCGGUGCCAGCCCUGCUGACAAAGGAGUGCUGACCACAUGUUACAACAAGAUCUCAGACAGCCGCGUGUUAACGUGUGCAGCGGUGUGGAGGAUGCCCCCGGAAUGGGAAUCAGGCAGCCACGAUUCCCCUGACGAUUCAGCUCACAGCCCACAGGCCCUGCAGCUCCUCUGUCACCUUGACAACACGGCCCACGGCAAUGUGGCCUGCGUUCUGUGGGAGCCGAUGGGCGAUGGCAAGCGCGUGAUCUCUCUGGCUGAAAGCCACAUCGUGCUCUGGGACCUUCAGGAGAGCUCCACCAAGGCCACGAUCUCCAGCAGUGCCACCUUGGAAGGCAAAGGGCAGCUGAAAUUCACCUCGGGUAAAUGGAGCCCCCACCACAACAGCACCCAGCUGGCCACCGCCAACGACACAGCCAUUCGAGGAUGGGACCUUCGCAGCAUGAGUCAGAUCUACUGCAUUGAGAAUGCCCAUGGGCAGUUGGUGCGAGAUUUGGACUUCAACCCCAACAAGCAGUACUACCUGGCCAGCUGCGGGGACGACUGUAAGGUCAAAUUCUGGGAUGUGAGACACAUCAACGAGCCUGUCAAAACCCUGGAGGAGCACUCCCACUGGGUGUGGAGCGUGAGGUAUAACCACUCCCAUGACCAGCUGCUGCUUACAGCCAGUAGUGACAGCAGAGUGAUCCUGUCCAACAUGGUUUCCAUUUCCUCUGAGCCCUUUGGGCACCUCGUAGAUGACGACGACCUCAGUGACAGCGAGGAGAAUCAUCAUGAGGAAAAGAGCAAAGAGCCACUCCAGGACAGCAUCAUUGCUACAUACGAGGAGCACGAGGACAGCGUGUAUGCAGCGGAGUGGUCUUCGGCCGAUCCCUGGCUCUUUGCUUCACUCAGUUAUGACGGGAGGCUGGUGAUUAACAGAGUGCCCCGGGCUCUGAAAUACCGCAUUUUACUGUAGCAUGACUAAAGCUGGUGUAUGAGAAUGAAAACCGUUUUUCGGACCACUGAGCGCAAGAGACGGGAGAGUAACGAAUGUUAAACACUGAGCAAAAGAUUGAAAGAGAGAGAGAGAGAGAGAGAGAGAAGAAGGAAAGUUGGAUCACAUCUGCAUUAUAAACACACGGCCGCUAUUAACACUACCAAUUAGAGGCAGCCCCGGAGAGUUAGAGUGAUGGCUGCAAGGCUGUUUGAAGGAGAGGAGGCUGGAGGGCAUGGAGUGGCGUAUGGCUUUGAAAAAGCCCCUCGAGUUGAUCGCCAGCGUCUAUUCUGUUGGUUAUGUUAGAAGCUUGCUUCAUCUCAUCCAGCCUCGGGCACCACCGCUGAGUAGAAAGUGCAGCCAGGGAGAACGGCGUGCCAGGGGCAGCAUGGCACAGCGGGGCCACUCUCCUCUAGCCUUCACUUCUCUUCUCCUUUACUCACCACAAGCAUAGCAAACUCCACACUAACAGCUCAGGCUGGAGGGACUGAGAUGACAAAUGCAUCCAAACUUUAAAAUCGUUAACGUGAACAUCUCGGUGCGUAUUACCCGUUCUGUAAUAAGUGACAUUUUGUUAUUUAACAGCUCAAUAAAUCGUGACCUUAAUAUUAUAAGGUUCUCUCUGGGUUCUGAAUGAAUGAGAGAUGCGACUUUGUAAUAUUAAGCUCACAAAAUGCUUUCACAGUCUGAAAACUGCACUGCAAAAAAAAAAAAAAUGAGAGCAGGUAAAAAAAUAUAGCUGGGUGGGUGGGGUGAGGUGGGGUGGGCUGUGGGUGAUCUUAUAUUUCUAAUAUCAAAUAUAAGAUAAUUCAGUCUGUUUUUAGAAACUGUAAAUUGUCUUGUUCUUUUGGAAGAUUGGAAGGAACUUUGCUUCUUUCUAAAAGUUCUUGCUUAAAUAAUUUAUUUUAAAACAACACUAUUUCACAAAAUGUUCCAGAAGUAGGUUUAAUCAUCAUAUUUGGUUUAUUGUAACUGUAUAAUCAAAAAUUCUAGAAAAAUCUGACUAUAUUCACAAUGUUUUCACUUCCUAAUGUGUUAUUUUUUUGCAGCGUGGCUUUGUAAAAUCCGGUAAUGAACGGUUUCUAUUCUUUGUACUUAUUCUCAGUUUGCAAUGUUACAAAUAUUCCACAUGGUUUGACUGAUUAUUCUGAUUGUCCUCGUACAUUCCAAAUAAAAUGGAUUUGAAAGGCCAAGAAUUUGU